AUGACGGCUCCAGCGAUAUACGCUCUUGUCACGCUUAACUUUGCAUCCUUCAUAGGCGCCACAAUAUUGGCCAUAGGAUUCAGUCGUGCAAGAAAUAAUCCGACAAUGGUCAUCGUCUCAGUGACCAUUAUGUUUUGUAGCUGUGUGGAUUUUAUGGGGGUUAUAUAUGGGUUUGAUUGGACCAAAGCUCCCGAAGGAGUUUGCUAUUUCCAGGCAAUGGCGAGACAACUCGCGGGAUUUUCAUUGUGGACUGCCGGAUUUUGCUUCACCGUUCAAACAUACCGUCUUCUUGUUUUAUAUAAGAGAGACGACAGGUUGAAUCGGUAUUAUUACGGUAUUAUACUUUCGUUCUGCACGGUCGGAACGUUGUUAGUAACCAUUGUGUCGAUCAAGACAAAGGCCGUAAAAGCAGGAAAUUAUCGUUGUGAUAUAGUCGAUCCAUCUUGGGUUCGUCUGCUGGGAAGCAGUGGUGUAAGCAUACUACUACUUCCUGGAAGCACAUACUUUUCCGCCGUUGCGACGUAUGAGAUAAUAAUCCAGUUGGGCCGGUUCAAAGUACAAUCAAACGUUUCCAAAAACACUGCAAUGCUCGCGCUACAGUCUACCAAAAAGUCGACAGCGGAUAUUGAAGCCGAUCAUCCGCAAACGUCGUCUGAUGAACAAAGCAUUGAUUAUCGCGCAAAUGUUACCGAACCCGUUAAUGACGAAAAUAAACCUGACACUAUCGUGCCAGUUGGAGAUGUGCAGGACAAUAAUUGGAUGGGGAUGGGUAAAAUUUGUAACGUCACUCAAACUGCUGCGUUCCGUAUGAUACUCUUUUCUAUUAUGUACUUUCUUUUGAAUCUGGUUUUUACCAUCGAAACCAUCGUGGACAGUUUCCGGGACGUACCAUUUGAUCCACGUCCAAAUUGGACAGAAUUCGCUAGUGCAAUAAUAGGGAUUAUCAUUUUCUUAAUUUUUGGAACUGCGUCUGAUGUCAGACAUUGGCUUGGUGAAAAAUUGACACAAUCUUUUAGACGUCACUAA